GCUAUUAUUUAUUGGUAUAUAUCCACCUAUCUGGCUGGUAGUUGGUUCCAUUUCAAACGAGUGCCAUGGCUUCCAAGAAUGUAAUACUCCAACUUGUCUUAUUUUCUUUUUGUUUGGCCAUGGCGAAUUCGGCCGAGUUCAGUUACCCUGCAGCUUUCAACUUCGGUGAUUCAAACUCGGAUACAGGUGACCUUGUUGCAGGGUUGGGCAUUCAGCUUGGUCCACCUUAUGGCCAGGAAUAUUUCAAAACACUACCUGAGAGGUUCUCUGAUGGCCGUCUCAUAGUGGACUUCCUAAGUAAUUCCAUAGCCAUGGCCACCAUCACAUGUAUCCUUAGAACUCUUACCAUCAUUGUCAUCUGUUUACCCUCUGCUAAAUCAACCCACUUUGAUUUACCAGCAGUUUUCAACUUUGGUGACUCAAAUUCUGAUACCGGUGCCCUUAUUGCCGCCGGUAUUGAGAGCCUUUCCCCGCCAAAUGGACAGACCUACUUUCAUGUACCAUCAGGGAGAUACUCCGAUGGUCGCCUCAUCAUUGAUUUCCUUAUGGAUGCAAUGGACUUGCCAUUCCUAAAUGCCUAUCUGGAUUCAAUAGGUUUGCCAAAUUUUAAGAAAGGUUGCAACUUUGCUGCAGCAGGAUCAACUAUCCUUCCAGCAACUGCAUCAUCCAUCUGCCCCUUCUCCUUUGGGAUUCAGGUGUCUCAGUUCUUAAGAUUCAAAUCUCGGGCUCUUGAAUUGCUUGCAAAAGGCAGGAGAUUUGAUAAGUAUGUCCCAAGUGAAGAUAUUUUUGACAAGGGGUUGUACAUGUUUGACGUUGGCCAGAAUGAUCUUGCUGGUGCAUUUUAUUCAAAAACAUUGGACCAAAUACUUGCCUCAAUUCCUACAAUUCUUGUAGAAUUUGAAACUGGAAUAAAGAAACUCUAUGACGAUGGGGCUAGAUAUUUCUGGAUACACAAUACAGGCCCUCUCGGAUGCUUGGCUCAGAAUGUUGCCAAAUUUGGAACUGAUCCAUCAAAGCUUGACGAACUAGGAUGUGUUAGUUCACACAACCAGGCUGCUAAAACCUUUAAUCUACAGCUUCAUGCUCUCUGCAGUAAAUUGCAGGCCCAAUAUCCAGAUGCAAAUGUCACAUACUUUGAUAUCUUCACCAUAAAAUCUAACCUCAUUGCAAACUAUUCUAGAUACGGGUUUGAACAACCUAUUAUGGCUUGUUGUGGAUAUGGAGGUCCACCAUUGAACUACGACAGUAGAGUUAAUUGUGGGCAAACAAAGACCUUGAAUGGAACCACCAUUACAGCAAAAGCUUGUAAUGACAGCACUGAGUAUAUAAACUGGGACGGGGUUCAUUACACCGAGACUGCAAAUCAAUAUGUUGCAUCACAGAUUCUUACUGGGAAGUACUCUGACCCUCCUUUCUCAGACAGAAUGCCUUUCCUUCUCAAGCUCAAGUUCUGACUUCUGAGUAAUAUGUUCAUUGUUAUAAUUAUUUGAUUCUUUGUGUGCUGUUAUAGUGAAAGUAAUAGCUGAUUGUAACUUUGAAUCACAGUCAAGCUCAUAGUAAUGACAGCCUUUUAAAGAUUGGUCCAAAGGACUAUGUAACAUAGUCUGCGUGAUAAUGUUCAAGGAUUUGAAAUUUUAUACAUUCAGGCUUUCAUCA